AUGUAUGACGUGUUAGCUGACGAAAAUCUGUGCAAUAUCGUCAUGUUCGUAGAUUCUUUUGGUGAAUGUGUCAGUGAUUCGAAUUCCGGAGAUGCUUUGAAUUCCAACGGCAACGGGAAAAACGUUGAGAGUAAAAUCGACAUAUUGAGAGGGUGGAAGUUGUCCAAGAGAGACUCCAGAUGGAGAACAGAAUACGAGAUGUCGGUUCGAUGGUUGUUCCAGACGAAGUUGAAGAUCGAGUGCUCGUUCCCUGCAUGUUACAAAUCUUGCGUGGAUAAAUGGAAAGUUUUAAAAACAUACGAGCAAUUGUACAGCCUGCAGGCGACUUCAAAUGGUUUCUGA